AUGACAACCCCGUCACGACACUUGACUAGACGCACCGUCAAGGAAGGCCUUGACACCUUGGACCCCAUACGAGAUGACCCAGACAAACCAGACAAGGACCAACAAGCAGUCCCGCAGGAUACUCGUAGAGCGAGUACAACCCAACCAGAAAAUCCGCCUGCAACAACCGAAGAUCCACCCAAGACGCCUGCAGCAAAAAAAGCAACCCCGAGGGCAAAGACUCCACGAGUGACCAGAUCUCAUACACCUACAACAGCUCGUACAGCCAAAACUACUAGAGUUAGAAAGGCGACUCCAGCUCAGGAGAAGUCACCACGUCGCUUGCCCAAGAUCACAGAGAGCGACGAGUCUUUCGAACCAGACCCUGAACCGAAGAAGAAGCGGCGCUCUCAGGACCCAACUUACAAACCCUCAAAAGUCGAAAGCCAAGAUAGUGAAGACGUCCAAAAGACCAAGACCGACAAGACCAAUCAGCGGAAGAAAGGCAGAUCUUCCACUCCAAAGCGACCACUACCUGCGCAGGCAACGACAGAUCAUGGCGACGACAAUACCACGCGCCAACAGUCUGUGAUGGAAUCCAUCGAGCACGACGAGCCAGAUGCUACCCCGGACCACCCAACCCAUAGUCAUAGAUCAAAGAAUACCCCGAAUGACCCCGAAGAUGAUGAUAGCGCCUCAGAACCAAUGGACACUGAAGAUUCAGAUGCAUUCGAUCUACCAAGCCUUCCGCCCAGACCACGCCGUCCACGUCCUGAUCAAUGGUUCCAUAGGCAAGCAGAGUUUGAAAACCUCGGUGGGGAGGUUCCCUUGAAGAGUGCGCUGAAAAGACCUGCUGAAGAAAGGGGCGAAGAACCAAGGGAACCCAAAUCAAAGAAAGUUCGCGUUACAACUCCUCUCAAGUCGCCAGAGUGGCAGCGGGUGUACCUAUCUCCCGAUCCACUCAGCUCCGCCACAGACUCUCUCUUUGGAGAGAUCUUGAGCACGCCUAGACGGUUAGAGAUUGCUCAUAUCGGGGCUCUCUUUGUCCAGCUGCAAGAAGACACCCAGAGGCUUGCACAAAAGCAUUUCUACUACGAUCUGACCGAAGAAGAAGAAAAAGCCUGGCCAUUGGAGCUGUUGAAGUGGCACCACAAAGCUUUGAUGAAAUCUGCAGCAUUUCUCGUCGAUGGAGACAAGAUCGGCUGGCGCAACCUCUUUACCAAAAAGGAACAUCGGAUACCACUCAUCAUGGCCAUCAUUGCUCACAUGUUGAACGAGCAAAUCUUCAAACACACGGCAUUUUCAUUCACUGAAACAACAGGUCUUGACCAGCUCCAAUAUAUUGACGAAAAAUAUAUUCAUUACGACGCCUUCAUCCGUGGGAAGCAUCGCGCCAAUCUUCUCGCGGACUUGAUGGCCAGACGCAGUUUUCCCGUUGAUCACCAGGAAGGCUUGAUCACGGCUUCGCAAGCGUUGGUCAACUCUAUCUACGCCCUGUUGGAACCCCUCCUCCCUCCUCAUCUGUUCAGCCCAUCGCGGUCAAAAACGACGAAUACGUUAGACCUUCGUCGUCCCUGGUGGCAAGACCCCACUGGUCGCCUCAACAAAUUGGACGCCUAUGAACAUGAGCGCGCGUCCUUCUAUCGACAGGAGAUUCUCUUUGAUUUAAAGUCUCUCGUCCAAAAGUCCGUCGCACUCCACUUGUGUAUCCGCCUGACAGCCUCUGAUGGCACGGUGAUCAAAAUCACCCGAAAUCCCGGCAAAGGCAGCCCAUAUGUCGAAGACGGGCCUCAAAUCCUAGUCAACAGCCAGUGGUGUCAGUCUGAACCUCGAGACACCCACGAAGAGCUCAUUGUCAAGAUGAACUGCUGGCCACGCGUCGAAGCAUAUGUGCCUCAUGGCUUGAAUCUCGAGGAAUACGAGCAAGCGUACAAACACCACUUGGAGUCCGGUGUGCGCGGAGGAUCCAGCGAUGAGAACUCAUUCAAAGAUCUCGAAGACUGGUUCGAAUCAUACCGGUCAGAAUUGCCAUUCCUCCCACCGGAGCUCCAAACCGAUCCCGAAACCGGUGUGCCCGCACCUGUCACACCCGGUACCGAAUGGGACUAUCGACUAGCCCUCCAAGCCGCACGCUCUGGCUCUUCUAAACCCAGAGACGACGAGGAUCCGCCCACUGACUUCACCACCAAACACCCCAACUCCGGACCCCAGCGCGGCUCCUACGUGACAUACUACCCUGCCAUUGCACCCGCCCGCGUCUACUGCAACUGGGACGUUCCGGAUCGUCUGACCCAACCUCUUGAUGCAGCGGUCGACGAAAUCCGACAAUCAUCCAUCCGCUUUUCCAUCGAAGACUUCGCCAUCAAUAACAUCAACGGCGCGUCAUAUAUGAUCUACCGCUCCGGGUUCGACGAACAAUGGCCCUGGUGGGUCGGCAGCGCAUUGAUCGCCCUGACCUGGUACCUGUAUCCCGCUGGAGGUAGCGCACAACUUCGAAAAGACGUCGUGGAGAAACUCCUCUGGAUGCCAGGCGGGAUGAGGGCGCUGAAAGCGGCAAGUCGGGGGGUUGAUUCCAUUCGUCAAUAUGUCGAGAAUGAGCAGCAGACAAUGGAAAGUCUUCGACAUGUUGUUCUCCAUCCGUCGACGGUGGGUGCUGCGGUGAUCAAGUCGGCGACUGGGGCGACGGACUCGGCGGCCGCGAAGAUGUCGCAGUCGGCCAUGUCGGUGACGCUGAAUCUGGCGGAUUUGGCGUCGAGGUCCACGAAGAAGAAUGUUUCGAGGGCGUCGAAGUCGGUUCGUUGAGACUGAAGGGGUGGAGGAGGGUUUGAGAAGGUUAGAGGUUUUUCAAGUGCUGCCAAGGGGAAUGGAGAGGAAUCGAGUGUGCUGAGCCUAAGAUUGAAUGAAGAUUGAAGCAGCUUUCUUCGGAAUGGACUAAUGGUUUCCCUACCCUAGAGACAUUGGAUAUUGAUCCCCAGGAACUGACCAAGGUGUGAACGAG